GAACUACCUCGCAUUCUCAAACCAUAAAGGCAGCAUAAACAUUUAAAACCUUGCUUAUUUAUUUGUCUUCUCAAUCAACACUUCAACACUUAGUAAUUUUUCACCCCUAAAAUAUCCACCUCUUUUCUUCUCUCUUCUUCUUCACCUCAUCAUAUCAUAAUGGUUCACGAUUUGAAGAUUGAGAACAAGAAGGAUGUCAUAUUAACAUCUCCACUCUCUCUAGAAGGGACAUCGGAUACCGAUUACAAGGCUCCCAAUAUUCUUCAAUUGAUUUUCAGUCUAUUCAAGAACAUUAGACUUGGAGCUGAUCUUACUCGUUUCAAUCUACCUCCCUUGUUAAAUCUUCCAAAAUCACAACUACAAUGCUACGGAGAAUUAGUCUAUUGUGUAAACAUGGACAUGCUUAGAAAAUGCACGACCGGAGAGAACGCUGUUGAUCGGAUGAUCUCCGUUGUUGCUUGGAAUCUCUCGACUGUUCGUAUGGUGGAGUUUGGAGUUGCCCCAUUCAAUCCCAUUCUUGGCGAAACUCACCAUGCGUCUAGAGGCACCUUCAACAUCCUAGCUGAACAAGUUUCUCAUCACCCGCCAGUAGCCGCGAUGCAUGGAACUGACGAGGCUAACAAUAUUGAGCUCAUUUGGUGCCAACAUGCUGUUCCUAAAUUCUAUGGAACUGUCAUAGAUGCAGUGAUCCAUGGAAAAAGGAGGCUAAAUCUACUAGAAAAGGGAGAAAGUUAUGUGAUGAACUCUCCAAUACUACAAUAUAGGUUAUUACCAAAACCAGGUACUUCUUGGGUGGGAAAUGUAAAGAUUAAGUGCCAAGAAUCAGGUCUUGAAGCUGAGCUACACUUUAAAAGUGGUUCUUUUUUAGGUUUUGGAGGAGGCAAUGGGGCUAUCAAAGGCAAGAUCUUUGAUUCGUCGAAGAAGUUAUUUGAAAUAUAUGGCCAUUGGGACAGGUGUGUAUAUAUAAAAGAUACUACGGAUGGGAAAACCAAAGUCCUAUACUGUCCAAAAGAGGGAGUGUGGCAAAGUGAAUCAGCAGUCGUGUGGGCAGAAGUGAGCAAAGCUAUUCUAAGCAAAGAUUGGGACAAAGCAAGAGAGGCAAAGAGAGCAGUGGAAGAGAAGGAAAGAGAACUCCUGAAGCAAAGGAAAUCAAUGGGAGAAGACUGGAUUCCCAAGCACUUUAAUUUGUCUUACACCCCAGAUUCUGGUUGGGAUUGCUCCCCUAAGGAAAAGAUAGUUCCACCGGCUUCGAUCAUCUUUCCUAUUUAAACUUUCUACGUAUACUAUUUCGUUCGGUCUGAAUUUAAUGGUCACUACAUUACUAGUUUAAUUUACAAAAUAAAGGUGAUGACAAUUAAUAAAUUCAAAACAAAGGAUUCUAUGUAUCAUGUUAACAUGAAUUACUUCCUCUAUUCUUUCUUACUUGACCUAAUUUGGCUUUUGCACUAUUCACACACUCACUUUUGACCUUGUUUUUGUGAUUUAUAUGUAGAGGUGGUCAACAAUAGCCUAGCAUGCUAGCGGCUAGCCUGAUUGAUUCGGUCCGGCUUGAAAAAAGUGCGGGUUUAAGCAAGACUAAAAACGCAUUAAAAGUUCUUCAAAACUAGAGUCCGACCCAAAAAAAAAAAGCCCACAUUAGCAUGAUAAACCCGACACUAUUUUGCUGGUUUGGGUACAAGAUUUUAUGCAUUAUUGUUUCGUGAACAUGGAAAAUAAUCAUAAAUAAUUAGUUUAUUUAAGUGAAGGUGAAAAUAAAAUUGUGUUUAUGUUACGAUAAAUGAGAAAGAUUUGAUAUGAUUUGGUUAGGAUACUUAGUUGGCAAAGAUAAGUUAUAUGUUAAGUAGAUAAUAUUCUUAAUAUUCUUGCCAUAAUUAUCUUGUACUCGAUUAUAUAUUUCGGCCAAAAGCCAUGAAUGAAGGCUAAGCAAAUAUUCUUGAUUAUUGUUUCACAGUUUACCUGUAUUUUCCGUUUCCUU